AUGCCUCCAAAGAAACGUAACCCGGAUAGCGAUGUCAAUCCCGCAGUCAAGCGUAAGAAGAAGAAGAACGACGAUUCAGACGAUGAAUUUGACGACGAUGCAGGGGAAGAUGCAGAGAACAAUGGUUCCACUGAAGUGGUCGGAGAAUACCCAGACGUUACGCUAGAGGGGUCAAUGCUAAGUGGAGAACUACUGCUCUGUGGAGGAACAAACUGGGAUCUGAUUGGACGAAAACAACUCCCAAAGAAUGCUAAAAACGGAGGUGGACCAAACCUAUGGGGUCCUCACAGAAUGGACAACAUGAUCGGGACAAGAGUGAGGACAGUUGUGUCUGGGUCAACAGCAUGUCAUAGUGUUAUCAUAACAGCAGAAGGGAAAGCCCUCACUUUUGGGAGGAAUGACAUGGGACAGCUAGGGCAAGGUGAUUGCUUACGUAAAGAUGUACCUACCCCCAUCCCCUGUCUAGAUGGUGUCAAUGUGGUAGAUGCAGCUUGUGGAAAAAAUCACACUUUAUUUCUGACAGAUAAAGGUGUAGUGUAUGCCUGUGGAGACAAUAAGAUGGGACAACUUGGUUUAGGUCACCAGAGUGGAAAUAUAACCAGUCCUACACGGAUAUCCUACAAAGGCCCUCCAAUAAGAAAGAUGUCCUGUGGAGCAGAGUUCAGUAUGAUAUGUGACAUCAGAGGCAACCUGUAUUCCUUUGGGUGCCCAGAGUUUGGUCAGCUAGGUCACAAUACUGAUGGGAAAUAUUUCGUCACAAGCACAAAAUUAUCAUUUAAAUGUGAAACUGUUCCCAGAAAAGUGAAUGUGUUUAUUGAGAAAACCAGAGAAGGACAUAUAGUACCAGUCACAGAUGUAGAAGUACGAGAUAUGGGAUGUGGCACAAAUCACACAGUUAUACGUGAUUCCAAGAAGAGAGUGUUUUCAUGGGGAUUUGGGGGAUAUGGCCGUCUGGGCCAUGCUGAACCAAAGGAUGAAAUGGUUCCACGUUUAUUGAAGUUUUUUGAUGGACCAAACCGAGGUUGUGUUCAGGUGUAUUCUGGGUCUACAUUCAGCUUUGGACUGAAUGAGUUAGGUGUCCUGUAUCUGUGGGGCCAGACAAAACCAACAGGUGAAGCUGCCAUGUAUCCUAAACUAGUACAAGACCUGAGUGGCUGGAGAAUAAGGAGCAUUGGAUGUUGUAACAAAAGUGUAGUGGUAGCAGCAGAUGAUAGUCUGGUAUCAUGGGGACCAAGUCCUACCUAUGGGGAAUUGGGUUAUGGGGACAACAAACCUCGAUCAUCCACAACGCCACAGGAAGUGAAGACCUUAGACAAUGUGUACAUCCACUCUGUGUCAUGUGGAUAUGGUCACACACUUAUGAUUGCUCGUCAGGACGAGGACAGUGAAAAGGAAAGAAUAGCCAAACUACCCGUCUUCAAACCUUGAUUUUGUGACUAUCUUGUCUAACAAGAUAUCUGUGUAUUUGUUAGUGUCUUAGAGGGGUACAUUGUAGUCGUAUCAGGUAAAAUUGUUCAUCCAAAA